AUGGAAAGUUCAAUACCAGAAUCAGGCAAAUGGAAGCAUUUAUUAAGAGCUUUGGUUUCAGAAUUUUGUGGAGCAGCACUAACAGUCUAUGCUUUCAACUUCACUACAGCUUAUUAUUAGGCAAGAGCUUUUGCAUAUUUCGUUGGGUGGUUGAUGGCAGUUUCUGUUUCAGGAGCACACUUUAACCCAGCAACCACGCUUGGAGUUUUUCUAUCUGAGGGAAAAUACGGCAAAUAAGUUGUUAGAAUGCUCCUUUACUGGCUUUUUUAACUAAUGGGAGCUUUUGCUGGUGUACUAAUCACUUAUCUUAUUUUUAAUGAGCCAGUUGAGGGAUAUCUUUUAUGGCCACUAGAAUAAAAUCCAGAUGUAGCCACAAGGUUUUUUUCUGAAUCAGGAAAUCUGUAUUACGCAAAGAUUUGCUUUUUGGAGGCAUUGAAUACUUUUACCUUUGUUUACGUGUAUUUGUUGGUAAUAUAUAAGCCUCAACUUAGGACAGUAGAUGAAAUUAUAAAAGGUUUAGGAGUCGCUUUAACUUUAUGGAUUUGUUAUGAAUUAAGUGCAGGAUCAGGUGCUUGUUUGAAUCCUGCUUUGGCAAUCGCCUAAGUAAGUUACUAAGUCGGUUUCCUAAAUGGGAUGGAUUAUAAUGGUAACAGGUUUGCAAGUCCGAUAUGGUGCUAUAUUGUAUUCCCAUUAAUAGGUGCUAUAGUUGCAGCAGUAUCGUUUAGAGUUCACAUUAAGCUUGAAAACUCUGCACUUAAACAAGAUGCAGGAGAAGCAGCUGUAGCUGAAUGA